UUGCAUGAACAGUAUUAAAAAAAGAAUCAUACAAUCAUAUUGCUUUUUCACCUCAAAAUCUUUGAAUUUCAAAAUAAUUAUGUACAUGUUCUAUUUGUAUUCUGUAUAUUGAUAUGAUAGCUAUUCUUGUCUCCUUUGUAGAAGGAAAUGCAGAAAAGGCAUAUGAAAUUUUGUCCGAAGUUUCACAGUUUAACCGCAUGAGGCCCUCAAGAUUAAUCUGGACAGAGUUGCUAAGAAACUCACUGUUUAUCAAUGGCACCGGAACCGUGGUUAAGUCUCAUUCAAAAUGCUAAGAAAACCGCAAUUAUUCAAAACGGAAAGAGAAAGAUUCAUUUCCUGAUGGAAGAUGGCAGGGAAAUGGUAGAAGAAUACCAUUUAGAAACAAAUGUUUUGGUACGAAGAGCAUGGAAAGAAAAAGGUAAUCUUGGUCAAAGUAAAGGUUGGAAUGUAGAAAUUGGAGAUCCUGAGCCUAAGCAAGAUAACAUUGAAGUCUGUGGAAUUCAAGAAAGUUUAAGUGCUCCAUUUAUUACCAGAAGGAUUACAAAAACAGCACUUGAGUGGCGUAUAAGAAAUUUAUCAUAUCCUCAGAAUAUAUAUUCAAUCACUGCUGAGGAUGAUGGAACAAUAACUGUUCGUACAAGUAACAAAAAAUAUUUCAAAAAACUGAGAGUUCCAGAUUUAGAACGUGUUGGAUUAAAACCUGAGCAAGAAAGGAUAUCUUUUACUCAUCAACAUAACACAUUAAUCAUUACGUAUAAAAAACCGCCUGCACUUUUGGAAUUGGAGAAAAAAGUGCUGAAUGAAAUACUGCAAUUGAAGGCAACAAAAGAGGGUGACAUACAGUGUCCUACGAGCUAAUAAAAACCUUAACUGUUAAAAACA